AAAUAAUUUAUAUAUUUAUUUAUAUAAAAUGUAACAAAAAUUAGAUAAUAUUACAUAAUAUUUACCUAAACCUUACAAAAAAAGAAGAUAUUAUACACCUUAAGAUGUGAAAAUUCAUAAUACAGCUAACGAUUGUUGGGUUUCAUUUUUUAAUAAAGUCUAUGAUUUAACUGAGCUUAUUUAAUAAAAUAUUUCAUCCAUUUAUUGCAAACCUUUAAUUGAAGUAGCAGGUAAUGAUAUAACUUAUUGGUUCGAUAAUGAUAGCAAAGAACCUAGAAAAUAAAUAGAUAUUAAUAAAGGUGAGUUAGUUUAUUAUUGUCCAUAAGGUUAGUAUUUACAUGUAGUAGAUAUGUCCAAUUAAGAUUAAGAUACCCCUUGGUGGAAAAAUUAAAAAUACUUUAUAGGCGUAUUAACAAUUAAAUCUCGUAAAAUUAAAAUAGUUAAUAUGCUUUCUCAUCAUGAAGAUAUUUUAGAAAUUCCAUCUGAAGAAACUAUUAAUGAAAUAUUAGAUAGAUAUAAAAUUAUUAAUUUCCAUGCGGCAAGUUAUACUUGGAAAAGAAUAAAAGUUCCUUUAGAUAUGGAAAAAAAUUUAGAAGAAAAUGGAAUAUAAGAUGAAACAGAAGAAUUUUAAGAACUUGAUAUUCCUGAAGAUUAAUGGUAUAUUCCAGCUAUUCACUUAUACUUUAAUGACGAUUUAACAAUUAUAUGA